AUGAAAGCCUCUCGAUUACUGCUCCUGGUCAAAAUCACUUAUGCUUCAGCAUUUGUGCUACCUUUUUGGGACCAAACACCUUUGACAGGCGGUGACUCAAGUCCUGAAUUUAAAUGUGAUCUACCGCCUGCUCUAGAUCCUGUCGGAGACGGUCUGCUCUCAGCGGCAAGUCUAUUCUCAUCCGAUGAGGCACGGGAUAGACAAGUGAAGCGCCACCAGGCGAUUGUGCGAGUUCCGUCCGUCUCCUACGACGAUCUAGGCGCAAUAGGUGAGGAUGAGAGGUGGAAUCCAUUUCACGAGCUCCUUCCCGUUCUUCAGAAGUUUUAUCCUAUCUUCCAUAAGCGGGUGAAGUUGGAAAAGAUCAACACAUUUGGCUUGCUUUACACGCUAGAGGGCUCAGACCCUUCACUCAAGCCAACUGUUCUGCUCGCUCACCAAGAUGUGGUCCCUGUCGCCGAUGCAUCCACUUGGACUUACCCGCCUUUCGAGGCACAAUUUGACGGCGAGUAUAUCUGGGGUCGGGGUGCAUCAGAUGACAAGAACAGUCUUACAGGACUCCUUUCCGCUGCCGAAGGUCUCCUCUCCCAGUCUGACUGGAAACCCCGACGAACUGUGAUCUUCGCCUUCGGAUUCGACGAGGAAGUCGGCCUCAAGCAAGGCGCUGCGCGGAUCGCCGAGGUUGUCCUUGAAAGAUACGGUGACGAUAGUGCCGCCAUCAUUCUCGACGAGGGUGGUUUCGGCUCGCAACAUCUCGACGACGAGACGGUUUAUGUGCAUCCUGCAAUCACCGAGAAGGGCCACAUCAAUCUCUUCUUUGAGCUUCAUGCCAAGGGAGGCCACAGUUCUGUUCCCCUGCCACACACGAGCAUUGGUAUUAUCUCGGAGAUAGUCGUCGCUCUCGAGAAUAACCCCUAUGAUCCGGUGAUCACGAAAAACAGCCCCAUUCAUAAGCGACUCGUCUGCCAGGCGCGCUACUCGCCUAACACGCAGCCCGAAAUUGAGGCGCUAUUGAAAAACAAUGACUUCGAUCAACUUGCCGUCGAAUUUGCUAAGACCUCCCCGCUGAACCGGUUCGUUGUGCAGACCUCGCAAGCUGUCGACAUCAUAGGCGGGGGAGUGAAGAUCAACGCCAUGCCAGAGCUUGUUACCCUUGCUGUGAACUAUCGCGUUGCUCAUCACCAAAAGCCAGUGCAGGUCCAACAAAGGGCGAUCCAGGUGAUUGCCGAAGUGGUUGAGAAGUAUGGUCUUCAGCUCAAUGCAUUCGACGGCGACAAAGAAUAUCAGGACCACGUAGCCGAGCUUUUCCCGGGCCAUGCGAGCUCUGGGGGUGACAUAGUUACCCUUCCCCAGCAGCAGACCGAAGUCGACUAUAAUGGAACUCUUGUCGUGCGCGCUACAAAGGCAGACGCAGCGCCCCUGUCCCCUGCCAGUGGGUCGGUCUGGGAUGUUUUCUCUGGCACAAUUCGACACACCUUCGGGUUGGAGGGCAAAAAUGUCGUACCAGUGGGAGAUAUCAUGACUGGCAACACGGAUACUAGACAUUAUCUGAAUCUUACCCGCAACGUCUAUAGAUGGACACCGGCUGUCGGCCGCGGACUUGACAACAUCCAUACUGUGGAUGAACGAGUGAGUAUUGUUGACCACCUGAAUGUUGUCAAGUUCUAUUAUGAUUUCAUCCGCAAUUUUGAUGCAGCGGAUAUCUAA